AUGAAACAUCAGACGACCAUCGCAUACGGUACAAUGUCGAUUAGUGUCUGUCCAUGCACAGCGGCAAGACGAAAUAGGGAAAAAACGAGGACAACUAGCAGACGUAAAAGAAAGGAAAAUAGGGAAAUAGAGAAGAUAACAAUGAUGACGGCGAUGACUUCUGACGCUCAACGUCAAGCAAUGAUAGUGACGGGUAGUAGUGAUUGUGUCGGUAGUGCUGAUGCUGGUGACGGUGAUUACGGAUAG